CUUCUACUACACUACAGCUGCCACUGCAACAAGGCAGCAGGCAAGCAAGCAAGAGAGUACAGUGCACAGUGGCGGUCAGCGUACAUCCGUCGUCGUUUGCUGAUAGGCUUUUCGUUCUUUUUAAGAAAUUCUAACUUGCCACGAGAAUUUUUUCACUUUGCUACUGAUUCAGCGUAAACUUGGGAAUCACUAACUAUGGACGAACUUAUGGAGGAGCAUUCACAGUCACCAAUCAUGGAAGAAAACAAGGAUCUAGAUGAUCCUAUGGGAAUGGGAAUGGGGAUGGGGAUGGAAGGUGGUCUCGAUGAGGAAGACUAUGACCCGGAUUAUGAUGAAUAUCGUAAGCGAGGAGGGCCUGGUCGUGGUAUGGGGGGGCCUGACUUUGGCCCAAGAGGCCCACCAAUGGGCCGUGCUCCUGGUCCUUAUGGAAUGAAUGGCCCACAUGGACCUCAUGGUCCACCUCCACGCUUCCGAGGAAGAGGUGGCUUUGGACCAAGAGGCCCUCCUGGCUUCAGAGGUCCUCCACCCCCUCAUUUUGGAGGUCCUAGAGGUCCACGUUUCAGAGGAGGACCACCGCCGAACUGGGAUCCAAACUGGGGACCUCCCGGCAUGGGUCCUCCACCACACAUGAUGGGUCCUCCUCCACCAGGAAUGCCGCCUCCACACAUGAUGGGAAUGGGUAUGCCUCCACCAAACGGUUCUGCAAGUGGACCGCCUCCAGGUGGACAGUAUGGCCCACCUCAUGGCAUGGGUGGACCGCCGCCUAACAUGAUGCAGCCACCUCCAACUGUUGGUGGUGUGAGCAGUAUGGAUUUGUUGUCUGGAGAAGUUUGGGUUGAAACUAAAGCUGGAGAUGGUAAGGUUUAUUAUUACAAUGCAAGAACAAGAGAUACAACUUGGACCAAGCCAGAAGGGCCGGAUGUGAAAAUUCUAACUCAGGAGCAGGUAGAAUCAUUGGCCCAAGCAGCUGGCGUCCAACCUGGAGGCAAUUCUGUUACGACGACAGCUGCUCAGGCAGCAGUUGCACAGGCCAAUUCUACUAACUCGAGCAAGGCAGAUAUUGACUCUACCCAAGCUCCAGGUACUGGUCCAAUGCCAAACACCAUGCAACCUCCACCCAGCAUGAUGCAAGGACCUCCUCCAGGCAUGCCACCAUUCGGAGGGCCCCCUCCCCAAUUUGGUGGACCUCCACCGUAUGGAAUGCCCCCACCAGGAUUCUCUCAAGGAUAUCCCCCUUACAAUGGGCCUCCAGGAGGCGGCCCAGGCGGGUGGAACAUGCCACCUCAAGGCAUGCCUCCAGGACCAAUGCAGAUUGAUCCUGAGAUACUAGCCAGAGCCUCUGAGUGGACUGAACAUCGUGCUCCCGAUGGUAGAUCAUACUAUUACAAUGCAAAACUUGGCCAAUCUGUUUGGGAGAAGCCUCAGCCGCUGAAGGAUUUGGAAACUGCCAAACUUGCUGCUGCUCAAGGCAUCGCAUCAAUGCCUGUUUUGAACACAUCAGCAUCAAAUUCUACCUCUGUAAAUCAUGAGGGAGACGAUUCCGAUGAUGAAGAGGAAGAAGAUGACACAGUGCCUGCAGGAACUCAACCUGUUAUCAUUGACCAGAGUGCCACAAGUAUACCUGCUAUGAAUGGUACUAGCACAGCAGCUAAGCCUGAAAUUGAAAGUGAUAAUGAAGAGGAGAAAGAGAGAAAAAAAUUGGCAGAUGAAGAAGAUUUAAAACAUAAGCAAGAAGAAGAAGAGAAAGCAAAGGAGCUUCAACGCCAACAGGAUAGAUCUAGGCCUGUAUCAAGCACCCCUGUUCCUGGGACACCAUGGUGUGUGGUUUGGACUGGCGAUGGACGAGUUUUCUUCUACAACCCAUCAUCUCGUACAUCUGUUUGGGAAAGACCAGAGGAUCUGGUGGGUAGAGGAGAUGUUGAUAAAAUGGUUGGCAAUCCACCAGAUACUGUGUUACAAUCCCAAGCUGCCUUAGGCCUUGGAUCUAAUGGCGUAAGUUCUUCUGAAAACUCAGCUGCUACUGCUGUUAAACGAGAGAUCAAGUCAGAUGAUGAACAGGCCAUUCCUUCUAAAAAAAUAAAGAAGGAAGAGCCACCUGUUAAAGAAGUGAAGGAAGAAACAAAACCUCCAGAGAAGAAGCAGAUCGAGGUCGGGAAGGAAGCAGCCAUGGAGGCAGAGGUCCGUGCGGCGCGGGAGCGAGCCAUCGUCCCCCUGGAAACGCGGAUCAAGUCUUUCCGCGAAAUGUUGGCGGAGAAGGAGGUGUCUGCGUUCAGCACAUGGGAGAAGGAGCUGCACAAAAUUGUCUUUGACCCUAGGUAUCUUCUUUUAACCUCCAAGGAACGUAAGCAAGUGUUUGAGAAGUACGUCAAGGAACGGGCGGAGGAGGAGCGCCGAGAGAAGAGGAACAAGAUGAAGGAGAAGCGAGAUGAUUUCCGUCGUCUACUUGAAGAAGCUAACCUUCACGGAAAGUCCUCUUUCAGUGAUUUUGCUCAGAAGUAUGGAAAGGAAGACCGUUUCAAGAACAUUGACAAGAUGCGGGAAAGGGAGAGUCUCUUCAAUGAGUAUCUCCUGGAUGUGCGCAAGCGGGAGAAAGAAGAGAAGCUGCAAAGAAGGGAGCAGACAAAACGAGAGUUCUUCGAAAUGCUGAAGGAGCGUUCAGAAAUUGACCGCCAUUCCCGCUGGAGUGACACAAAGAAGCAGAUUGAGAGCGAUUCUCGAUAUCGCGCCGUGGACUCGAGCACUCAACGUGAAGAUUGGUUCCGAGAACACAUUAAACACCUGAAAGAAGAAAGGAAACGAGAAAAGGAGCGUAGGAGGAGCAAGGAAAGGAGGCGUAGCAAAGAUAGGGAUAGAAGCCGCGAUAAGGAUAGGAACAAGGAUGAUAGAGAAAAAAAAGAUGACAAGGAAAAGGAAAAAGAAAAGGACAAAGACAAGGACAAGGACAAGGAUAAAGAGAAGCAGAAGGAGGAGAAGGAGGAAGGUGAAAAUGAUGAUGAUGAUGAUGAGAGAGGUAGUGAGGACAAUCAUUCUGAGGAUGAGCGUGAAAGAGAGCAACGUGACAAAGAUAAACAAGCACGAGUACAAGCAAGUUUGAGAGAGCGUGAAAAGGAAGUUCAAAGGACAUUAGCCACACACAUGCGUGACCGAGACAAGGAGCGUGAGCAACACAAGCAUGAUGAGGCUGUUCAACAUUUCAAUGCCCUGCUUGCAGACUUGGUUAGAAAUGCAGACCUCAUAUGGAAAGAAGCUAAACGGCAACUGCGCAAAGAUUCUAGGUGGGAAUUAGCAGAGCUACUGGACAGAGAUGAGAAAGAAAAACUGUUUAUGGCACAUGUUGAACAGCUUGGUAACAAAAAGAGAGAUAAAUUCAGGGAAAUGCUAGGUGAGAUUUCGGACUUAACAUUGACAAGUUCCUGGAAAGACAUUAAAAAGUCUGUUAAGGAUGAUCCACGGUGUUCCAAGUUCUCUUCUAGUGACAGGAAAUGUGAGCGAGAGUUCAAAGAAUAUUUGAAGGAUAAGCUGGUGGCAGCUAAAGCCGAAUUUAGAGAGCUUUUACAGGAAACGAAACUGAUAACCCACAAGUCCUUGAAGAUGGUGCAAGAAAAUGAAUCUCACCUCAAAGAAAUUGAAGAGAUUCUUAAAAAGGACAAGAGGUAUUUAAUCUUGGACUAUAUGCCAGAUGAAAGAACAAGGCUGCUCAAGACUUAUCUGGAGGAACUUGACAAAAGAGGACCACCGCCACCACCAACUGCAUCUGAACCUUCAAGAAGACCGACAAAGUAAUUGACGCCUCUUUUGGCUUUAAUAACUGUCAAUAACUGUACAUAAAUUCAGUGUGCUUGAGUAUUCAACUGAUUGGUGUGAGCAUGAGUACAACAAACUCACUGCUACUUUUGUUUUAUAAAGAAAAAUAUUUCUUUUACGUUGAAUUGUAUUUGAGUAUAAAAAAAUGAGUUGUUGAUUUUUGUGAGCAAUCUUGUUACCCUUAUGAAUUUGAUUCUUCAGAGAGCCUUGCAUAAAGUGUUAUUUUUAAUUUGUAACUAUUGAUUUGACUAAAAUGCACAUGGGGCAGUGAGGAUUUAUAAUUUUGUUAAUCACGGAGGGUUAUGAUUGAGAUAGCAUUUGUUGUUUGCUUAGAUUUAGAAAUGGUCUCGUUUACAAUUGGAAUGUGUAUGUAACAAUUAUGGAAAGAUGACAUUCCAUUUUGAAUGAGGAUGAUUUGGAACUUUUAAAUUAGCAUAGGAUGUGUUCAAUAAAAGUUCUUUCCAUUAUCA